GAUAGCGCAUAUCCAUAUUGGUACCAAUGUUUUAAAGAUCGAAAUAACGACAUCUGCUUCAUUGCGAGUACACAAUGGACGAUUUAUCUCAAGGCGACAUUUGUCGCGUUUGUCGUUGUGAGGCAUCGUCCGAUCGUCCGCUGUUCUAUCCAUGUGUUUGCACGGGCAGCAUUAAAUACAUCCAUCAGGAUUGCCUAAUGCAAUGGAUGCGAUACUCACACAAGGAAUACUGUGAGCUAUGUGGCCAUCGAUUUAGUUUCCAACCCAUAUACUCGCCCGACAUGCCACGGGUCUUGCCGUUGCGCGACGUAGCUGGAGGAUUGCUGUCGGCAAUAAUGAAAGCUGCCAAAUCGUGGGCCCAUUAUUCGCUUGUGGGCUUAGCGUGGUUUGUGGUGGUGCCACUGUCGGCAUAUCGGACUUAUCGUUAUCUGUUCAGAGCCUCUUCAUUUGAUAUGAUAUUGUCCUUGCCCUUCGACAUUUUCUCUACGGAAAAUCUGGCAUCCGAUGUGUUUCGUGGCUGCUUUGUAGUUACGUGUACUCUGUUGUCGUUCAUUGGAUUGGUGUGGCUAAGAGAACAGAUAUUGCUGGGAGGUGGUCCGGAUUGGUUGGAGAGAGAUGAUGCUCCUGGAGCGGCGGCAAACAACGAGGCCGAAGAUGAAGUAGAACUAAAUCUACCGCCAGACGGGGGUGGAGCAAAUGCUAAUGCAGGAGACGAAGGUCAAGAUAAUGCGGCAAAUGCUCACAUUGAAGUUAAUGGUGCGGCUGCGGAAGCCGUCGUGGAGAGAGAUGUUGCUGACAACAACAAUGACAUUGCCGAUGAAAGAGCAAAUAACGCUGAGGCGCCUCCUGUAGUCGAACCUAUGAACAAUAAUGCUCCAGCAGUGGCUGAUCCGGUUGAAAACGAAGGCGAUCCUCCAUUGGAGUUUGGACCUCAGCUACCCCCUGCUUUGGCUGGUAAUCGAAAUAAUAAUAACAACAAUGCGGCUAACGCGGCAGAUAAUGACAACGAUGAACCCAAUUGGAAUCCAAUGGAAUGGGAUCGUGCAGCCGAGGAAUUGACAUGGGAACGUUUGUUGGGUUUAGAUGGAUCUUUGGUAUUUUUGGAGCAUGUAUUUUGGAUUGUCUCCCUGAAUACAAUGCUUAUAUUUGCCUUUGCCUUUUGCCCAUAUUGUAUUGGUCACUUUAUACUAAGUUCGUUAGAUCUAAUGGACCCAGAAAAGCCACUCUUACAUUUCCAUGGAUUAAUUACAACUUUAUUUGGCUAUUGCUUCAUUGGAAUUAUAUUGGUUGUACUACAUUGCUUGGCACGGGCAUUCCAUAUGCGAAGAGUACGCAGUCUAAUUGGGCUGUGCUACAUUGUCGUGAAGGUCUCCCUGUUGUCUGUGGUGGAGAUUGGUGUUUUGCCAUUGGUGUGUGGAUGGUGGUUGGAUAUAUGUUCAUUACCUUUAUUUGAUGCUACUCUAAAGGAUCGUAAGACCAGUUUCACAGCUGCGCCAGGAACAUCUCUUUUUGUCCAUUGGAUGUUUGGCAUGGUAUUUGUUUAUUAUUUUGCCGCAUUUAUAUCACUACUGCGUGAAGUUCUUCGUCCUGGUGUAUUGUGGUUUUUGAGGAAUUUGAAUGAUCCCGACUUUAGUCCCAUUCAAGAAAUGAUACAUUUACCCAUUUUAAAACAUGUACGUCGUUUAAUAUCUUCAGCUAUGAUAUUUGGUUCAGUGGUUUUGUUAAUGCUAUGGAUUCCUAUACGUGUUCUAAAGACAAUCUGGCCAACAUUUUUGCCAUACACCUUAUCUGGCGAUUCGGAUGUUAAUGAGUUGAGUUUACAAUUGCUUUUGCUACAGAUUGUUCUCCCCGGCUUCUUUGAACAAUCCCAUACACGCGUCUGGCUUAAAAAACUCCUGAGAAUUUGGUGUAUUUGUGUUUCUUGGGUAUUAGGCAUUCGCAGUUAUUUACUUGGAGCGGAUCCCGAGCCUGCGGAUGCCGCAAAUGUCAACAACGAUGCCAAUAAUUUGGAACAACAGCCAGCUAAUGAAGUUGUUGCCAACGAUGGACCAAAUGCUAAUGCUAAUGAGGAGGUAAACAAUGAUGGCGAAGAACAUAAUCUGAUUGAAGAACCAGCACCUGUUCAGCCACCCAUACAAGCGCAACCUCCUCCACCACCUCCACCGCCGCCACCACAAGCCGAAAGAAAUUUGGCUGCAGUUCAUCAUGCUAUCAUACACCGUGACGUACCUGUUGCGUUCCAACCUUACGACAAACCAACAGUGUUUCCUCUAAGACUGUGCGGACUGCUAUUCUUUAUGUGCGUUUCGUUGGUGAUAUCAUCACUGGUAACACUCACUGUGCCCGUAUGGAUAGGACGACAGGUAAUGUCAUUAUGGUCUGUGGGUAGCAUAACAACACAAGUAGCCGUCCAAGGUGCUGAGGUGACACCACGUCCACAUGAACUCUAUACUGCCGCUUUGGGUACUUAUCUUUGUUGGAUGCUGACAAGAGGAAUAGCCAUUGCUGUCACUCUGCUACCUCAGGGUCGUGCUGCUGUUAUGGAUAAAAUCAAGCAAUGGCUUAAGGUGGGAGCUUCGUAUGCCCUGCCCGUAUUGAUAAUUGUUCUAAUGUUGGGUGUUAUACCGCUCCUGUUCGGCAUGCUUUUGGAAUUGGUGGUGGUGAUACCGGUACGUGUUGGUGUUCUACAAACUCCCAUCUACUUUAUAUGGCAAGAUUGGGCUUUGGGUGUUCUAUAUACAAAAAUUGCCAUAGCAUUGACGCUGAUGGGGCCGGAUUGGCACUUGAAACGGGCCCUAGAGCGAGCCUAUCGCGAUGGUUUACGGGAUAUUGAUCUGAAGUUCUUAAUCACUGAGCUGGCUAUGCCUGUCAUAACUUGUUUCGGCCUAGCUCUUGCCAUACCCUACGUAUUGGCCCACUCAAUUUUACCAAUAUUCUUCACUGACCCCUGGGUACAAUUGGAAAUAGCUCAUUUCGUAUAUCCGGUAUUCUUUUCGGUGAUUGGUGCCAUUGCAUUAAUAUAUUUCCAAAUAAGACAAUUCAAAAAACUCUAUGUAGCAAUUAAGGUGGACAAAUAUUUAGUUGGACAGCGUUUGGUAAAUUACGAACAUCGUAAGAAACAGCAAGAGGCAGCCGAGGAAAGAGCUCGACAGAAAGAAGAGGAAGAGCAGGAAAACGUGCCCAUAGCCAAUAUUGUAGAGCAGGCUGAGUUGGAAAGAAGACGACGACAAGAAGUUGAAAGGCAACAGUUGGUACAGGAUUUAGUGAGAGAUGAUCUAUUAUAAAUUCAGUGUAUGCGUGUCAGACAUUCGAAGUAAUUGUCGACUAGGAAAUUUUUCUGAAAUGUAGUUUAAAAUGUAACCGUUAACAAA